AUGCCUAUCCCCGACGGUUUACCAACUCCAGGCGAUCCACUUGGGAAGCCAUUACCUGCCGAUGUCUCGAUAAACAACCACCACCCAAACGACCCCGAUAAGAUUCUUUUCAAAAAUGUGCAAAUCUUAGAUUCGACCGGCCGAGAACCCUACCUUGGUGAUGUCCUGAUCGAAGGCACAGCCAUCAAAGAAGUCGGCAAAGUCACCGCCAACCUAGAUGAGGAGACCACAGUCAUCGAUGGCCAAGGCCGGAAAACCUUAAUGUCUGGCCUUUGCGACUCACACACCCACUUAUCAUGGAACAAUUCGCCGACACUCGACGGCCUGACCAACCUCCCGAUCGAAGAACAUGUCCUCCACACCGCCAACUCCGCAAAGAUGUACCUCGAUUGCGGCUACACCAUGUGUUUCGGCGCAGCAGCCGCACAGCCUCGUCUCGACGUCGUCACCAAAGCCGCCAUCAAAUCCGGCAUGAUCCCUGGCCCCCGCAUGCUGGCAAACGGCCAAGAGAUCUCAACGACCGGCGGUGCCAUUGUCCCAUCCGUAACACGCUAUGCAGACGGCGUGGACGAAAUGCGCAAGGCUGUGCGCUAUUUCUGCUCUUUGGGCGUCGAUAACAUCAAACUCAGCAUGACGGGCGAUGAGAUCCACGAGACGAUGCGAAGCGAAGAGACCUAUUUCACGCUGGAAGAGACCAAAGCGGCAGUCGACGAAGCUCACAUGCGCGGGAAACGCGUUUGCGCCCACGCGAGGAGUAACGAUUCCGUCAAGCUGUGCGCCAGGGCGGGCGUGGACGUCAUCUACCAUGCCAGUUUCGCCGACGCGGAAGCCAUAGACAUGCUCGAGGCCAUCAAGGACAGGGUCUACAUCUCCCCCGCGAUCAACUUCCCCUACACCAGCUGCACGGGCGAAGCCAUCCCGUACGGCCUGACGCCCGACAUGGCCGUCAAAAAGGGCCUGAAGCGCGAGGUCGAGACGGCGGCCAAGGCCAUGCGGGAGAUGCACCGGCGCGGCAUCCGCGUCCUGCCCGGCGGCGACUACGGCUUCGCCUGGGCCCCGCACGGCACCUACGCGCGCGACCUGGCCCACUUCGUCAACAUGUUCGGCCACACGCCCAUGGAGAGCAUCCUCGCCGCCACGGCCCUCGGCGGCGAGAUCAUGGGCCACCCCGACGUCCUGGGCAAGGUCCUCCCGGGCUACUACGCCGACGUCAUCCUCGUCGACGGCAACCCGUUGGAGGACAUUUCCCUCUUCCAGGACACCAAGAACAUCCACGCCAUCGUCAUCAAUGGCCAUUUGCACAAGGAUAGCAACAAAGGCGCCUUCAUUCCCAGGGGGUCAGAUCAUCUGCCCAUGAGGGUCGUCCCGGAGGGUGAGUCGGUCAUUCCGGUCCGGUCGAAGGGGAAGCCGAGGAUGGCGGAGAGCCCGGCCGCGACGACGAACUGUGAGGGGGCGCAUGGGACGGAUGGGACGGCGGUGGGGAAUGACAGUGUGGGCUUCUUCAAGGACGGAGCGGCCGACGAUGGGGGCCCGCGGCAGGGUCAGAAUGGGGAGAGGAGUGGGGUCAGCGCUGAGGUUGUCAAGGGCAUGUGA